ACAAACUAACUGCAGCCACUUCACAACAACAAUGCCAGACGAACCAGCAACACUCGACGCGUCAGCAUACCCGCACAUCGUCGACCUCGUGCUCGCACACACCCCACUGGCCGAUCUCAUCCCUCUGCGCCUCGUCUCGCGCGAGUUCCGAGACCGCGUCGACGCAACGAUCGACGGAUACCAUGUCCAGCUGAUUGACCAUCGCUGGCGGUGCGUGUCGCGCUGUUCGCCCCCGUACGCCGUCGUGCCCGCACACGUACCCUGGACCAACAAGUCCUCGCGCCCAGAGCACUGCUUGCAAACCCUGCCUACAUCCCUCCCGCGCACGCUCAUCAAGGUCGUGCAGCUCAGCGGCGCGGGCGCGAGCCAGACCCUCGUGGACGCAGUCAACUCGAUCGGGACAGUACACACCCUGCAGCGCUCCGGUCCAUCCGGGAUGAUGGGCAACUUCCCCCCAUCUGGCUGGGACCGACGGCUGCGCACCGUUGUCGACUUUCUCGACCUGCGCAGCUUUCAAUCCAGCACGGGGGUGUAUACCCGCCGAGGGGGCUGGGAGCACUUCAUCGUCAUGCCGGACCCUACGCGCCGCUACGUCCUCCACGUCACCUUUGAUCAGCUCAGACCGGAUAGUGACUCGGCCGCCGGCGCUGGCCUGUCUUCUGUACGGACAAUCCGGGUGCCGACCGCGGAUGUGCGCGACUUCGUGCUCGUCCUCUGGCCAACACUGGGCACGGACGCUGCGCAAGCACGGAGGGGCCCAUACAAGUCAUUCCCACACAUCCUGCACUCCCUAAUCCUGGCCAUGGGGCGCAUCGCGCGCAGCGGGGGAACAGCAACCAUCGUCGGCGCCGACCGACUCUCGCCCCUCCUCCUGGGCGAGCCGCAGCUCACGACGAGCAACCGAUCGGGUGUGCUCGAAGCGGUCAAGGCCGCCUAUCGCGCAUGGGCGCAGAGCAAUGCAGGAAGGGAAUGGCUCACGCCGGAGCAACUCGACCAGGUGGACGAGCGCACCCGCUGGCUGACGAUCGAGGAAUGGUGGGCCGAGCUUGGUGUGCGGCGGCAGUACGAGGGCCUCGCUGUCGGGACUGAGAAGGUGUCCGAGCAGGAGGGGUUCACGACGAGCUUGCUUCUCAGCAGCGGAUACGGUUUGGACGGGGAGGAGCAGAGCCGGACAAUGUGAAGUGGUUCAACGGGUCAAUAGACUUUGAAGUGGACUAGACGACGUAAUAUGGCAGUUACCAUAAUGAACGGCAUGCUGAGG